AUGAGCUCACCACUUCUAUCAAACGCGAAGAUCCGCGAAUAUAGGAAUCUGAUCCGAAAUCAUGGCGACGACUUCAUCAAAAAGAUGCCCAAGGUGGAGAUGCACGUCCACAUUGAGGGAACCAUGAUGCCAGACCUGCGGUGGUCGCUCGCACAGCGCCAUAAAGAGCCUAUACCCAACCCCAGAACCGGAAAGCCUUGCCGGGAUUUAUCGGAGCUGCAAAGCAUGUAUGAACUACUCCAUGACCUCGAAGAAGGAGGCGUGGAGGGCGGAAUGCUCCGGUUUUUCGAUCUCUACUAUGGCGGAUUUGAAGUCUUGCGGGACGAGGAAGACUUUUACCGGCUUGCGAUGAAUUAUUUCCACCGUGCGGCGGAGAUGAACGUUCGAUAUUGCGAACCGUUUUUUGACCCCCAAGGGCAUACGCGGAGGGGUGUGUCUUGGGAAACCAUGAUGAAGGGCUUUCGGAGGGCUCAGUUGGAGGCGACGGAACAAUUAAAUGUCCAGUCCCAGUGGAUCAUGUGUUUUCUGCGAGACAUGUCCCCGGAAUCAGCCAUGUCCCAUUACACCGACGCCCUUCCGUAUCGCGAUAUGAUUGCCGGAAUUGGGCUCGACUCGCUGGAAACAGACCGACCACCGCUACUGUUCGAGGAAGUAUUUCGUCGCGCGAGAAGAGACGGUUUCAGGAUCACCUGUCACUGCGAUGUCGGCGCAAAGGACUCUCUCCGCCAUAUUGCCCAAGUGCUCGACCAGCUCGGUGGCACCGGAGCAGACCGAAUUGACCACGGUCUGCAUGCUGCGGAUGAUCCUUCUCUUCUCUCCAGAGUAAGAGAAAAGGACCUGGGGAUGACGAUCUGCCCAUGGGGGUACCUGUGCUACUCGGGCGAGAGCAAAAUUCUGGAACGUGUUCGUAUUCUGCACGAUGAAGGCAUCAAGAUUGCGAUCGGCAGUGACGACCCAGCCUAUAUGGAAGAUAUUUGGCUUAACCAUAGUCUCUACCUGCUCCGUGAAUUAUGCCAUUUCACGGAUGAGGACUUCUUAGUGCUUCAAAGGAAUGCGGUCGAUAUAUGCUGGGCUUCUACUGGCACCAAAAGGCAAAUCAUAGCGGAACUGGAGGGAUUCCAGAAGUCAAAGCCACGGAUGCUCGUUUAG